AUGGCGCCCGGGGCUUCCAACAAGGUGCCCAUCCGUUUGGGGGCUGAAGGACAAGAUGCGGCUAAUGUGCCGGUUCCUCUGGAGGUUGACGAGGAAGGGGGCGAGGACGGCGGUGGAGGCAAGAAGAGGAGUGGCAUCGAAGCUGCUCCCGGGCUGCCGUCUCCCAAGAAGGAGCGCCCUUCGGGAACGGUCACCUUGGAUGUUGAGAGAGUGCGAGAGCUGUUGGCAGAUCAGAGCCGGGAGCUCCUCGCGGCUCAGCAACGGCAACUCGCGACUGCUGUGCACGAGAUGGAGGAACGGGUUGAAGCGCGGGUUGGGAAAGUCGAGCAGCAGAUGGCAGAGGUACAUGGCAGAUCUGAGGUUCUCGAGGGACGGAUCGUGGAGCUCGAGGCCGCGCUGAAGGACUUGAAGGGCUUAGUGCAGACAGGUGCAGUGCAGGCAGUGCCAAAGGAUGAUGCCGAACGCAGGAAAUCUACUCUGGUGGUGGGGGGUUGGCCCCGUGAUUCCAGGCGGCAGGACAUCCUCAAGGAGCUUGAGAUGGCGAUCCGGCGCCUGGGCUUGGCUGGAAUGGUGGAUCAGCAGGCCUUUUGCACUGGGCCAAGAAGAUCUGUGGCUUUGCUGCCAAUGCCGCUGCGGGCGAACGAGACAGAGCAGGCUCGCCGUGACAGGAUGUACAAGUUUGUGACGGCCUUUGGGGAAAAUGAGGUCAUGUCUGGGGCGAGCACAAGACUCUGGUGCAACUUCUCUAAGAGCCCUGAGGAACGAGCGGUGGCCUCGCAUGCAGCCCUUGUGAAGAGAACGGUGGCCCUCUUCAAUGAGACCACUGCCCGUGAGCAGCUGGACUUCGAGUAUAAGACGGGCACGGCAUGGGGUCCGGCGGGUAUGCUGUGCAGCGUCCGCCUCCCGGUUCCCCCUCAACACGAUCACUCGGGCAUCGAUGUUGAUCAGGACUCACCUCACAAACAGUGGGUGGACGUUGGCUUGAUUGCGAAGCUCGUCCCUCCUGAGGUCGAGCAGCGUGCAACUUGGCGUCGCAUGGCUGAACGAUCGAGCGGGGACAGUCUUCGAAUUGAUGGUCUCCAGCCACUUGAUGUCUCGGAGGGUUUGAGACCGGAUGGAGUUGAUCGGCAAAGCCGACUGAGUGGGGGUCGUGAUGAUGCCUCGCCCGGAGAACCGACUUCGUCUAUGCAGGGAUGUACAGAUUUUGACAAGCCUCGAGUUCGGGAGCUACGGGCUGGUUUGCAGUCUGGUUUACAGGUCAAAGUUUUCGGAUGGAAUGUGGGAGGUUGCGAUAUCUCAAACUUCAAACAAGGGGUCCGUGAUGCGACCGGAUGUGGGCUCGAAGCUACGGCUUUGGUGGCCCUUCAGGAGUUGCCGAGAGCCGGUGAAGGAUGGAGCAGUGAAAAGCAGGGUGACCUGGAGAUUGUGUCGCACCGUUGCAAAGAGGCAUGGAGGGGCACAGGGAUCGCCUUUUCAAGUCGGUGCUGGUGUGUUCUCAGACGAUAUGCUGCAGAGAGAGGGACGUGGUUCAGACUCAGACAUCUCGAGAGUGGCUCAUUGCUGUGGGUGGGUACGGCACACUUUACUCCGGGAUGCACACACGCCCAGUACGAGCAGGAAGUGGUGGGGUUCUUCGGGAAAGCCCCCCGAAACAGCGAUUCGGUGGUGUGCACCUUUGAUGCAAAUGCUCCAAUCAGAUGGGGAGAGUGUGAAGGUGGUCUCCUGCCGGUGGGGAAGGAUGGCAAGGCAAACGAAGUCCUGGGAAGAGUGGCGGAAAAGGGCCUUGUGGUUAUGCCUCCGGAACCGGAUCAACUGAGAACACCAACGAGCAGGCCGAGGCAAGAAGGGCGGCGAGGGUCCAUCAUCGACUACAUGUGUGGAAGCAGAGUGUCGAGGGUGAGCGUGAGGGUGCAUGAAGACUCUUGCCAUGUGUUGGGUACGGACCAUGAGCUGUUGGAGGGGAUCUUCCGUAUCGCUCCGGGAAAGCCUUACAAGAGAUACUCGACCAGGCCUAGGGUGUGGGUUGGUGGCAUUUCGGAGAUACAUCAUGUGGACCAGACGGUGUUGACCCAUUACGCGGAGAAGUACACAGUGCCGGCGCGGGGAUAUGGGUACAGGGACCCCCCGCAAUUCAAACAAGCAAUUGCUCGGGCAAGGCUCUCUCGUACCAAGGCAUCCUGGGUCCAGGUGAGGUCGCUGAGGCAGAAGGCAAGAAAGGUGUGGGAAGCAGACAGGUUGGCUAGGGCAAGUCAGGGAGAUUGGCAAGCCUUUCGUCAGUGCCGGGUGAAGACCCAGACGGGUUGGGAGCACAGUUUCGCAGACGCACAAGACCGGGAUCCGCACACGGUUGUUCAUGAUCACCUGGAGGCGGUGUACGAGGGUCGAGGGGUCGAGCCGAACAAAGGGGUGUUCCCGGGUGAGACAGCUGCCUUCACAGUAGAGGAGCUGGACAAGGCUCUGGGCCAGAUGCAGACCUCGAAGUCGGUGGGGGUUGAUGGUACUUCCACUGAGCUCCUGGUUGGCAUGUCCAAGGUGCAAGGGGGGAAGAGCCACAUCCUUGAGUUUAUGAACAGGGUGUUGAUCACGCACGAAAUCCCGGCUGAUUGGAACACACCCCUCAUGGUGCUGCUGCCCAAGGUUCUGACUCCGAAGGAAGCUAAGCAGUUAAGGCCGAUCAGUAUGGGUAGUGCUGCUUGCAAGCUCUUCUCCAGGCUCCUCCUCAACCGCACCAUUCCGUUCAUCGCACCUAAGACACAUAGCCAAUGUGCAGGGGUAGGAAGGCAGACUGCAGACUACCUCUUCUCAGUGUGGAGGGUAUUGGAACUUGAUCGAGAAUGGCGUGCAGGGCUUUGCCUCUUGAAGCUAGAUGUGGCCCAGGCCUUUGACACUGUUGAUAGAGAGCGGCUUCUUGCAAAGCUCCGGGAGAGGAUGGGUGAUUGUGCAAUGCUCAGAUGCUGGAGGGCCCUCCUUCAGGAUAGUCACGCGAUCCUCCAAACUCCGUGGGGGGUGUCUAUGCUGAGUAUGCAGAAGGGCAUAAAGCAGGGAGCAGUUGAGAGCCCGGCAUUAUUUGCAAUGAUCGCGGAAGUCUGCUUGAGUGAGGCGGCGGAGAGAUACGAGUGGAGUAAGCAAGCACAGGUCUUCCCAGGCAUGCCCCAUCAAGAUGUGCUAUUCAUGGAUGACGGGCUCUUGUGGUCUCGUGGGGUCGAGGGCUUGCAGCAAAGGGUUAGGCAGCUGAUGGUGGUGUUGUUCGAGUACGGAUUGAAGUUGAAUGGUGGCAAAUGUCAGCUUCUCUGCUCUCCACAUUGGCACGGGGACAAGCAUGUUUGGAUCGCCGGGGAAAGGGUGGAAGCCGUGGAAGAGUUGGAGGUAAUGGGGCUCCCGAUGAAGGUGGGCAUGACGACCUCUGGACUAGUCUCUCCCCUGCUUGCUCGCGCUCGCGACAAAUUCUGGUCCCUUCACCACAUAUUCCGUGCUAGGACUCAGCUGAAAGGCAGAAUGAAGUCCUUGGCAACAGCCAUUGGAAACUCGGUGCUAUGGUGUGUUGCCGCUUUCCCACCGGACCGAGCGGCUAUGGGGCUUAUGAAUACGAUGCAGUUGCAGCUUGUGAUCUGGACGAUGAGGCUCGCUAAGCGGUCUGAUGAGGGGUGGGAUGCUUUCCGACUCCGGUCCUUCCGGUCUGCGCGGGCUGCCUUGCACAACUGUGGACAGGAGAGGUGGAGCACGUGCUGGUUGAGAAGAUGGUGGAGAUUUUCGGGUCACCGCUCUAGGUCCAUGCUGAGAGAUUUCCCGCCACUGAGUGCUCAGCUGGAUGCUUUUCGCACCCUCGACUGGUGGGAAGCGCAGAAGAGAUCCACUGAUGGCAUCACACACCCGCACCACUACCCUAGACUGAUGAAUAUGGAGAGGGCUAUGCACAAGGCAUCGGGGGGUGACUGGAGGGUGGUGGCACAGGACCGAAAGGGGUGGCGAGGCAAGGAGAAUGGCACGUUCCUGAUUGCAGCUGUGGCUCGGCUAGGCCCCUGCUACUUCGCACGGCUGCUUACAGAGUGGCUGCUUUUCAUGGUCUUUCUACGUAUGCGUAGCUGUCAAAUGCAGCUGGCGCCGUUAAUGUCGAUUGCACUUUGGGUGCUCGUGUGCUUCGUAUGGGAUGGCUCAGGGAGUCCCAGCGCUGAUGGUCCUCAUGCACCUUUUGACGAUUCUGCCGACCAGGAGGAAGCUCGGCGGACCGAGGACCCCCGGGACGUGUUGAAUGGUACGAUUCGGGAGUUUGGCAACGGGACGAAUGGUGUGGACGAGGGUCCUACCUCGGGUGAAGAGGUGUUGAAUCAGGGAGAAUUGCAGCACAGUACCGAGCUGGAGAACGACAAUGAUGACACGCUCGCGGGCUUGCCUGGUGCCUUGCAGCCGGAGGUUGGGCGAUGGUGGUUUUCGGCUGAAACGAGACUCAGGGAACUCCAGAGGGCAGGCUGCGGAAAUGAUAGGGUUAUCCAACAGAUCCGGACUUUGGCGAGUCACCGAGAAAUACGCAGCUACAUGCAGUAUGCCGAAAUCCUGUUGGAGACCUUGCGUAGCAGGGUGCAAGGCCACCCAGGGGCCGUGGACAAUGUGGACGACCUCGCUUGGAGUGUGGAUGUCGAGCACUCUCUGUGGUUGAGCUGGACCUCGAUGCGCCUUCCGCCGCCUGGUGUGGUGCCGGAGCCCGUGGGGAUCUUCAACGCUGUAGACGGCAUCCGCCCUGGAAAUGCGACCUACACAGUGUUGAAAAGGAGACGGAUUGGGGACUUGGUGGCUGGGCCCGAACCAGAAGGUCAUGAAGAGCUAACUGGUGGCUCCUGCUCAUCUUCAUCUUCAGUGGGGUCCUGUGUUCCUCCUUCGAAUGCAAGUGAUGGGGCGGGGUCUGUUCAGGCCGACCAUAUUGAUGAUGAGGGAAAUGGGGAGGAGACUGGCCUCUUCCAACUCCGGGCAGCGGAUAUCCCCACAUGGGAAAGCCUGGUGGAGCAGCUUGGUGAGUGGUGGGAUGAGGGCAUGCAGGUGGGUGAGGCGAUCUGCAUGGUGCGAGGAAUCAGCGAAGGCCGACGUGAUGACCUCUACCUUCGGUGGCUUCGUGGACCAUUGGGAAGUCUCGGCAUGGAUAUCGUCCACUCGGAGCACACGUCCUAUGAGGUGGGUCCGCCGAACUUCUUCAGAUGGGCAGAAACGAUUGAGGGCAUCCUGUGGCGAUGCUUCUGCCGUGACAGGGAGCAGGGCACCUUGCAGGGGGACGCCGAGGUGGACAGAAACAUGGUGGCCGAGGGAGGUCUCGCUCGCAGCGCCGAGAUGACCGAGGUGAUCGACGUGGAGAGCGUGGAGGUCGUGAAGACAUGGAAAGUGGACGUGAUCGUCGUGGUGCUCGUGCCUGCCCAGCGGAGAAAGAAGCCAGAGGAGUUCAAGCCCAAACCGACGCGACCCUCGAGGGCAAGUGGUUGUGGCAGUUCAACUGAUGGGCCCCGUGGCAGUGGAGCUGGGAGCUCCACUGACAGACCGAGCGAGAGGGACGGACGACCGGGAUCCUCGACUGACUUUGACAUGAGUAUGACUUUCUUCCCCAAUGGGCCUCGGGACACAGAUGAAGGAGUGGACAUUUGGCGCUAUAUCCUCGGAAUCUGUACCACUGACCUUCCUAGAGGCUUGGCAACAGUGCCCAAUGGGGGACCGUUUAUCAGUGAUGAUAGGGCUGACUACAUUGCCGAGGUUCUCCGUGGUUACACGGUGCACCAGCAGCUCCUUAUGACGAUCAGCUUGGUCACCGCUGUGCGAGCAAUCAUGCAUGAACUUGGAGCAGUUAUGCAUGCUGCCAGCUUGGUGGAAGUGGAGUUAGAUGGCAGCGAUCGGGAUGAGGUGGCAGUGGAGGUGCGGGACGAUGAUGACGAGGGCCACACCUCCCUGGUGCAGCUGGAGGCCACCAAAGUGUAUGGUUUGGUGCAGCACUUGCAGAGGGAAUUGGAAGGGCCGUCACCGGGUCUGGCACGGCUCCGGGCUGCCAACCUGCACGAAAGGUUGAGGCGAAUUCGGCGGGUGCCCGGCCAGCUGGACGUGGACUUGAUUGACCAGGCAGAGGCUCUGUGCGUGGCGGUUGAGGACACAGGAAGGCGUCAUGUUCCCACGGGCUUCCUUUCAGAGCCGAGUCAAGUGGACGAGUGGGCAUCCCAAUGGUGGAACCGCCUUCAGCCUAUGAUAUGUGGGCCAAGUGGGGCGGUCUCCCUGAGCAGCUCCCUUCCGGCGAGCAGUCUAGACAGAGUGAAUGAAGACGUUGACUGCGCGGUUAUCAAUGAGCUCAUCGAGGACAUGAAGGAGACGGCCAGGGAUGCGGAAGGGCUUGACGAGAUGCAAGCUCGCUUCGAACAGGAGGAGGCGGAGUACCUGAAGGGUGUGCAACAGGCAGUCGAGCACCACAUGGGUGAGGAGGAGACUCGCAAGUGCAGGGAUUGGGAUGACUGGGCUCUGUUUGACGAAAUGCACAGUGGAGCCCGACCGCGACGCAAGAGAAGUAUCUUGGCGGUCAGCCUGGGGAGUGUGGCUGGUGGCCCUGGUCCCGAGAAGCGAUGGAAAAUCCCAGUGGCGGUGGGGCAAGAGGUACGAAUCAGGGUGGAGGAGGAAGAUGGAUCGGAGGCUGAAACCGAGGUGGCCGAGCCGGUGGGUGUCGUGAGCCCAGGACUGGCAAGCACCACGAACAGCUUGGAAGACACCGUACCGCUCAACUUCCUGGAGUUCCAACGAGUGUACCAGCAAUGGCGACAGGGGCAGAUGACUGAGGAAAUGAUCCGCGGGCUGUAUGGUGCUGCGACCGUGGAGAUGAUGCAGGCACAGUUGGUGGUUGCUAAGAUGGAGGAUGAGGAGCUACCGGGUGAGGGGCGGAAGCAGGCGGACCUGGCAGCGACCCUCUUGGAUGCAGUGCUGAACGAAUCUCAGGGAGCUGUGGUUGCUGAGGGUGUAGCCGAGCAAGUGAUCCCUGGUUCAGUCUUCUACGGGGCUUGUGAUGGGCAUGAUGCAGGCCCGGACUCGGCUUUACUGGUUCUCGGCGGUGAAGCAGACCAAGGGACACGAAGUGAGAUGAGGGAUGAUGAGGCCCAUGGACCGGCUGAAGAAGAGGGGUGA